AUGGGAAUUAACUCCAGAGGGGCCAGAGUGGACUUCUGCAGGAAGUUCCAACAAAAUCUCACUUGUCUCUUGUCCCCAAUCCAGGAGCUGGCUCUGAAGUCCUUGGGGAAUGAGGGGCUGUUCCUGUUCUCCUCCCUGGACACAAACAAGGAUCUGUACCUGAGCCCAGAGGAGUUCAAGCCCAUUGCUGAGAAGCUCACAGGGGUUGCUCCAGGCUCAGAGUCUGAAGAGGAGGAGACACCGGAUCCCCACGGGGAGACUUUGUCCAUCGUGGCCAAAUUCCAGCCCUUGGUGAUGGAAACGAUGACCAAGAGCAAGGAUGGUUUCCUGGGAAUUUCUCACGUGGCUCUGUCUGGGCUGAGGAACUGGACAGCCCCAGCAGCCCCUAUGAGUGUCCUGCUGGCCAGGCAGUUCAAAGCCUUUCUGCCCCCAAAGAAUAAUCUGGAACUUGGGGAUCCGUGGUGGAUAAUUCCCAGUGAGCUGAACAUCUUCACUGGGUAUCUCUCCAACAACAGGUUUUACCCUCCAGCUCCCAAGGGCAAAGAGGUGAUCAUCCACAAGCUGCUGAGCAUGUUCCACCCCCGGCCCUUCGUCAGGACGCGCUUCGCCCCGCAGGGAGCCGUGGCCUGCAUCCAGGCCAGCAGCAGCUUCUACUACAGCAUAGCAUUCAGGAUCCACGCUGAAUUCCAGCUGAACGAGCCACCAAACUUCCCCUUCUGGUUUUCCCCGGGGCAGUUCACAGGUUACAUUGUCCUGGCCAAGGACUCUUCCCACGUCAGGGACUUCAGGCUCUUUGUUCCUAACAACAGGUCCCUGAACGUGGACAUGGAGUGGCUGUACGGGGCCAGCGAGAGCAGCAACAUGGAAGUGGACAUUGGAUACCUGCCCCAGAUGGAGCUGGAAUCCACAGGGCCCUCGGUGCCCAGCGUGAUCCACGACGAGAACGGGAACGUCCUGCACAGCAGGGACCCCUCAGGGGAGCCCAUCCAGUUUGUGUUUGAGGAGAUCAGCUGGCAGCAGGAGAUCCCCUGGCAGGAGGCAGCCCACAGGCUGGAAGUGGCCAUGUACCCAUUUAAGAAGAUCUCCUACCUGCCCUUCACAGAGGCCUUUGAGAGAGCACAAGCAGAGAAGAAGCUGGUGCACUCCAUCCUGCUCUGGGGUGCCCUGGAUGACCAGUCCUGCUGAGGUUCGGGGCGAACUCUCCGGGAAACCGUCCUGGAAAGUUCGCCCGUCCUCGCCCUGCUGAACCAGAGCUUCAUCAGCAGCUGGUCCCUGGUGAAGGAGCUGGAGGAGCUGCAGAGCAACAGAGAGAAUGAGUUCUACAGCAAGCUGGCCAAGCUGCACCUGGAGAAAUACAACUUCCCUGUGGAGAUGAUCAUCUGCCUCCCCAACGGCACGGUGAUUCACCAUAUCAAUGCCAACUAUUUCCUGGACAUUACUUCUAUGAAGCCUGAAGAUGUUGAAAGCAGCAUUUUCAGUUUCUCAACCAAUUUUGAAGACCCUUCAACAGCAACUUACCUCCAGUUCCUGAAGGAAGGGCUGCAGAGAGCACAACCAUACCUGCAGCCCUAAACCAGGCACCUGGAUGCCCCACUGAGAUGGCCAAAGACUUCAGAGAUCUAUUUUGGAUACAGCAAACCCUCCUCCUCUCCCUGGCACACUUUGUUGAGCUGCAGGCAGUCCCAGUGCUCUGGAUCCUGGUUUGGGGCUGAGCUCCAGGUUCCAGUUUACACAGCCUGGAUUUUCAGUUCAGGCACAUUGUCACAGGAGUGAAAAUACUUGAAUCCAUUCCCAGGGCACAGCAUGGCCCUGCCAGCCACCCUCCUUUCCUGCAGCUCCUGUUCACACUGGUGUGAGCCCAGCAGG